CCCCUCGCCGGGAGCGGGUGGAGCGCUGCGGAGCCGCCCGGGCCGGGCCCGCGCCCGCGCCUCCCUCCGUCCCGGCCGCGGGAUGCCGCUCUGCAGCCGCGCGUGAAGGCGGCGGGAGGCAGCCCAGCCCAGCCCAGCAUGCUGCGGCCACCGCGCCCGGCCCACGUGCCUCUGGGCGGCUACAGGCAGCCCCCGCCCGCCGCAGCCGCCGCGGGCCCGGGGCUGGCGGAGGAGCCGAGGCGGGAGCAGCAGCAGCUGCGGAAGAAAAUCAACAGCCGCGAGCGCAAGCGGAUGCAGGACCUGAACGUGGCCAUGGACGCGCUGCGCGAGGUGAUCCUGCCCUACUCGGCGGCGCAGUGCCAGGGCGCGCCGGGCCGCAAGCUCUCCAAGAUCGCCACGCUGCUGCUGGCCAGGAACUACAUCCUGCUGCUGGGCAGCGCCCUGCACGAGCUGCGCCGCGCGCUGGGCGACGCGGCCGGGCCCCGCCUGCUGCUGGCCGGCCUGCCGCUGCUGGCCGCGCCCGGCUCCGUGCUGCUGGCGCCCGCCGGCCUGGGCCCCGCCGACGGCCUGCGCCCCGCCGCCGCCGCCAAGUACCUGUCGCUGUCGCUGGACGAGCCGUCCUGCGGCCCCGGGCCCCUGCCGGCCGCCGCCGGGCUCUGCACGUGCGCCGGCUGCAAGUUCCCGCACCUCGUGCCCGCCGGCCUCGGCCUCGGCCUCGCCGCGCUCCAGGCGCCUUUCCCCAAGUGAGCGGGGCCGGGCCGGCGCCUGCGGCCGCGGCCUGGAGGGCGCUGCUGGCCCGCUGCCCGCCGCCUGCGGGAGGGGACGGGGCAGCUAAACCGGGGGGCCCAGAUCCGCUCACACCUCCCCCCUUCCCUGUCCCUGGCGGGGAGGGGAGAAAGUGUGUGUGUCCCUUCCCUGUCCCUCUGGGGAGGGAGAAACUGAGUAUGUGUGUGUGUCCUUUCCCUGUCCCUCUGGGGGAGAGGGGAAAAGUGUGUGUGGGUGUGCGCGUGUGUGUUUGUCUGUCUGUCUGGGUGUGCCUGUGUCCCUUUCCUGCCCCUCUGCAGGGUGGAGAAAGUAUGUGUGUGUGGGUGCGCACACCUUCCCUGUACUUUGUCCCUCUGGGGGGCCAGACAGACAGUGUCUGUGUCUUCCUUGUCUCUCUGAGGCGGGUGGAAGUGUGUGUGUGUACAACAAGCCCUCUUGAGCACAAGUAGGAACAGCUCCAGCUUCCCAAGGAGCAGAUCCAGAUGCAUUCCUGAUCCUGUGGGUGGUUCCUUAUUCCUGCUCCUAAAUAAGGAACCCACUUCAAGCUUGAUGCUAUGCAUUGCCCCAGGCACCGCUUAGGAAAAAGGGAUUCCCACUCACCCUGAGUGAUCUCCAGAUCCACUGCCUCUGCUGUGACAUCCCUGUAGAUUGUUGCACACAGACAACCUGUGCUGGCAUGCAGGCUCUGACAUAAAGGCUGUAGGAUUUUUUUUUUUUAAGCAUUUGUUUUUACAACCUGUGUAUUAAAUAAGACACCCCAGCGAACAGAAAUCCUUGCUGUCUGAAAAGCAACAGAAACACACAUGCCAAACCAGUGUUUAUGUCAGUGGUUGUCAACCUUUCCCCCCCCUCGCCAACUCAAGGCACCCCAUGAUAAACUCAUGGCACCCCUUCCUUAGGCUUGCGGCACCCCUUGAUAGACUUGAGGAAUCCCUGGGAAAAUAUCAUCUCUUAGUUUUUACUCAGUUUUUCACGGCAGAAAGAUAACAGAGCACUUCUUCCCUUGCAAAGAACUCAGCCCACAGCAGGGCAAAACAGUUUUAACCCUGUGGAUUCUUAUUCUGGGUUUAUCUUGUGAAUCAGGUUUGCACACUUAACAGUGCUAAUAUUGUGUCACACUCUUGAAAAGGUCUCAAGGCACCCCAGGGUGUCAUGGCACCAGAGUUGAAAAUCACUGGUUUAUAUAUUUAUGCACUUAUCUCUGGGAAUGUUUUUUCUUGGUUUUUUUCAGUUCUAUGUUGCUUAUUUUUUUUCUGUAGCAAGUUUUUAACUCUGUAGUGUUUUAUAUUUGUGUGACCCUUUUAAAUGGAAUUCUACGGUUACAAUAGAAAAUAAAAUAUCAUAAUAUUC